UCACGUGAUCAAAGUGGUAGCCGAGCAGAAGAGGUAAGCCAUUUUGGUUUCGAACAUGGCGUCGUCUGAUAUUAUUACAGAAGUGGAAAUACAUCCAGAUAUUCAGGAAGUUGAAAUUGAAGCAAUACCUGUGGAAAUUCCAUGCGAAACUGUGGAAACAACAAUAGAUGGUGUGGAAGGACAGCCUAUGAUUGCAUUACAGCCUCUACCAGAGCCUGGACGAGAGGAAAUUAUUUUACAAACGCAAGAAGAAAUUGUUGGCAGUGGGGAUCCUUUAUCAGUUUAUGAUCAAAUACCAGUUCCAUCGGAAAGUGACAUAUAUGUUGAAUCAAGUCCAGGACCAUCUCGAAGAGGAAGUCGUAAAACAAGGAGAGGUGGAAAAAUGCGUGGGAAUGAUCACAUUAUUAGCGAGAUCGCAGAAACUAAAACACGCAAAUGGGAACAAAAACAAGUUCAGAUUAAAACAUUGGAGGGUGAAUUCUCCGUGACGAUGUGGGCUUCAGGAACAGAUGAUGAUGAAGGAAGUAACCCUGACCCUGAUCCAGACUAUGAAGAGUAUAUGACUGGCAAGCGAAUUCCAACAGAAGGGAUUCCUGGUCUUGAUUUAAGUGAUCCAAAGCAGCUUGCAGAGUUUGCAAGGCCUGGCCACAAGAUGAAAGUAAAGAAGCAGAUGAGUGAUGGAGUAGACAGGACAAUAGCGUGUCCGCAUAAGGGCUGCACCAAAAUGUUUCGUGAUAAUUCAGCAAUGAGGAAACAUCUUCAUACUCAUGGACCUCGGGUUCAUGUGUGUGCUGAAUGUGGCAAGGCAUUUGUGGAGAGUUCAAAGUUGAAACGACACCAGUUGGUCCACACUGGGGAGAAACCCUUCCAGUGCACAUUUGAAGGAUGCGGAAAACGGUUUUCACUGGACUUCAAUUUACGAACGCACGUCCGUAUCCACACAGGGGACCGUCCAUAUGUAUGCCCAUUUGAUGGCUGCAACAAGAAAUUUGCCCAAUCAACAAAUCUCAAAUCACACAUCCUCACACAUGCCAAGGCCAAAUCACGCAAUGCUAUGAGUCGUUCAGUGCCUACAAUUCAUGCACAACCACUGCAGCCACCACAGUUUGUGCAGGUUGAGGUAUCUGAUGCAGACAACCAACAGUUCAUUGUUUAUGCAGACUAGACACUCUUUUUCCGUUCAUGCCUUUGUAUUGGUUGGUUAGGGUAAUAUGUCUGCUACUGUAUGACUUGUUUUGUUGAGUGUUGUCAAGUUCCACCCCGUGCAAGUUAAGUGAAGCAAGAUAGCAUUUCAAGACUUUUCAAGCACUGCAAGUUUAGCAGUCAAAUACAAUGCUGAUGUAGUGGUGUUUGGUGAAAGAGGUACAAAAAUUAUAUAUUCGAUACAAGGUGAAAGAGUUAACAAAUAUUACAUUAAGUACAAGGUACAAAAACAUAAGAGCUUACUAUGUUUGCCAUAUGAAAGAUUGAACAUGAGAACCAUGUCUUCAUAUGUAACCCAUCCACAGGGUUUGGAUUGGUGGAUGUACAUUUUAACUCAUCUUUUAGUUACAAAGUAGUAGCGAUACUGGCAGGAGUAAUUGUAUUUAAUGAUGGCCCGUUGUGCCAUGUAUUAAACUUGAUCCAAAUGAUUGUAAACAACAUGUUGAGAAGUACCAUCAUAUUUUUAAAAUCUGGUUUCAUCUGAUUAGUUUAAAAAGUGGUAAGUUGCAGUGCCCAGCUUUCAAAACAGCACUGUGCAUGGUGUUUGGGCCUUGACUGGAAUCAAGCAAGAACCAGGAAGAAUUAUAGCCGUGAUACUGCUCUAUUUCAUCAAAAUGGUAAGGGCUCGGCCACGUAUACACACAGCCGUACUUUUAUAUUCAUUGAGGACACAUCGUAAGGCAGUUGUGUGCAUUUGGUAAUUGUAUUCCAGAUAUAAUGUUGCACAUAAUGAUCCCUUAGUAUUUUUAAAAAGAAAACUGGUGUUUUUUCCAGCAUUGCCUUUUCCAGAACUUAGGUUUUUGGUUUCUUGUAACUAUGUAUUGUACAUAUAAUUGAGAACAGUAUGAGUGUUAUAUGUAAUUAACAAGUACAUGCAAUUUAUUUUGUCCUUUCCAGUGAGUCAUCAUAUAGAGGUAUUUAUGUUGUGUUACAGUAGCAACAUUUUCAUGCUUAUUAACAUAUUUUACUCACACUAAUAUAGUUUAUUUUAUUGCUAUAUAAAUAGACAUAUCGGUUAUGAUGCCGUUUAUACUGAUGUGGAAUGCAAUGUACCAUAUUUAUUUGAAUACCACUUGUAUUCUGUUUUCAUUGCUGUAUUGCUUGUUACCACUUCAUAGAUGUACUAUAUUUUUUUUUUUCCACCAUGUAACAAAACUUGGCCCUUUCACCAGUGGUAAAGAUGUGCCAACAUUCAGAAUCACAGAAAUUCUUCAAAAAAAUUCACUGUAAGAAUUUUAAAUUACAAACUGCAUGAGGUCAAGUCAGUCUCUGGCAGAGAAUUGUUAUGCUGUAUAAGGCAAUAUAAAAUAUCUCACAAGAGUAGGGGUUUGUCUUCACUCUUGCCAAAUCAAAUUCUGAUUAUAAAUAUGUUUGAUUGUGGUAUGGGUGUAGGUACCAACUGCACAAAUAUCCCUCCGGGAGUGGUGUUCCGAUAAACAUGGUAUUUAACCUUUGUAUAUUCAUUUUAUCCUAUGUAUGAUUAAAUUAGAAUAAUUAGACAUUGUUGAUAACAGCGAAUAAUCAGAGGUUAGUAACAUCAUUUAUCUUCUUUCAUCUUUAACACACAUCUUUUGUUAUCUCUUUUUGGAGGUGGUGUAGCUACAAGGAAAAAAUGAGUAAUUGCCCAAAUGCAGGAUUUUUUAAAGAGAGAGUUUAUUUACUUGUCUGGUGUAGUUGACAUGUUUGUUUCAUGUAGUGAUCACAGUUAUGUUAACAGAUCUUUCAGCACUAGAUAUUCUUAAAGAUAUAUAUUAAAUGUGUAUAUUUCAUUAUUUGCAUUCACUGAUACAUAUUCAAUAAAUAAGUAUUGGAAAUCAAUUUUUGUCUUUAAAGAAUGGUAUUCUCCAAUUUAAUUCCUCAGUGUGGUAGAACUUUCACCUCAGAAGUUAAUAAUGGCAUGUGUGGAAAUGUUAAUAUUAACUCUUGAAACAAAGACACAUAUAACAAGUAUCUUUUCCGCACCUGGGUUUUAGUUGAAUGAAAUUGUUCUGAAAUAAUGUGUUUUAUAAACAGGUUAAACGAUAACAGAGAACCUAACCUCUUGACUGAUGCAUAUGGAUUUAUUCUUUCCUUCAUAAAUAACAGGUUCUAGCAAGGAGUUGUGGAUAUUACUGUUUUCCUACUAACAGCCCUACAAAUCAUUUUAUAUGUUUAUAUUUGUAUUUAGGUAAUGUAACAUUAUAGUCCAACAAGAAAACUGAAAUUAGCUCAUGGAUUAGUGUGCUGGGCUCAUGCAUAUGUAAUCAUAGGAUCAAAUCCUUGAGUACAGAUUCUCAUAUUGCUUUAAGUUAGAUUGUUGCAAAUGUUAUUAUUAGUAAUAACAUUUUCCUUUUGAGAAGAAUUUACUGCCUACAGAUUCUGUCUAUCAAAUUUGUAGGUUAUAACAUCACAGGAAAGUUUUACACUGUCUUGUUUGUAAUUACUGGUUUAUAGAAAAUAUUUAUUGCAUAAUUUAUGUGAGUGGUCAUAGUCCAUCUUAAUUCAAAAUUUCAUGCUCCUAGCUCCACUACUUUAUUAGUUAUCAUCAGACCUGGAAGCUAAAUUAAAAUGUUUAUGUGACUGCCAUAUUUUAUACAUUCUAGGGAAAACAUGCCUUAACAAAAUUAAGUUUCUUAUUGUAUGUCAUUUCAGAACCCUGUGUUUCAUUAUGCUUGUGUUGCUUCUUCCUCAGUUUUUGUUUGCAAUGUUAUAAUUUCUGACUGAAGGUCAUUAAGAAGUAUUAGUGUUGCCCUCCAGUGACAUGAAAUUUGUAUCAUAUUUUGUGAAAAUUGGUCAGCUGGUUCUAAGGUUGAAAGGGGAACACAACAAAUACAAACUGUGUAGUGAUUUCGUAAGCCUUCUUCUUUCCACAUGAAAGGAAAGUAGGCUGUAAACAAAGAAGAUGUGACACCAUGCAUGGUAAUGUAUAUACAACUACUCAGUGAAUCGCUUUGCAUGGUAAACCCCCAGCUAGUUUGUCAAGCAAUAAAACCAGUACUUAUUACUUUUGAAAACCACCAACUAGAUAGGACAGAAAGAUGGAAAGUGCAGCCAGAAGGAUUUUAUAUUAAGGAUGAAUGAAUUACUGUACUUUGAAACCUCUUGUUUGUCUACAAGUGUGAGAAUUUAUGUUUGUCCACAAAAGAGGUGUGUCCAUAGUUAUGAAGACAUGUUUCCAAUCUGAAUGUUUCCCCUUAAAGGAAAGGCUACUAUAACAGUUUAGUUACAAUGAAAUAUGAAAUGUUUACUUAUAUGUUUUAAUACUGGCCUUGAAUAUCACAAUUUCCAAACACAGAUUGAGGUGUCUGAAAAUGGUGCUUAGAGAAUAUUCAGAGCUAAGACAGGAAGUAACAGGUGAACAGAGAGAAAUGCAUAAUAAUAUCAUCAUAACUUGUAUUCUCCAAAUAUUAGGAUGGUUAAGUCAAGGAGGAUGAGAUGAAAAGCACAUUUUUAGUCUGAAAAAUGGAGGGGCAGGGCUCUAGGGAACAUCAGUAUAAAGGUCAAUAUUAAAAUGGAUCUUAGAAAUAGGGUUCAUUGAUGUGAACUGGACAUACCUCGUUCAGGAUAGGUACCAAUGGUAGGCUUUUGAGAACAUGUUAACAAAUUUCUGGGCUUCAGCAGUUAAUAACUUCUAAAUAAGUGUCUGUAUGGAAUUGAUACUGUGGUAGCAUUAUUCCUGUUCUAAAUAUGAAUAAAUUAUUCAUUGAGAUUAACCCUUCGAAUCUGAAGCUUGUCUAAAUAUUAUGUAUUAAGUGUGUACUGCAAAGAAGAUAACCUGUCACCAUUUCAAAAGUCAACUGGUUAAUGCUGUUUAAGGAAAUAUUCCCUGUUUAUUCUGACAAUCAUACAAAAUGCAGAGUUACUGAAUAUAAAGCAGGAGGUAAAUAUAAUUGCCAGUUGGCUGUAAAAGGUUAAAAUAAAAUUGACAAUAACAUACAUGCAGUUCCACAGUGUUUUGCUUUGGUAUCAUACCUUUCUUCUUGCAUGUUUGCAACCUUGUGAAAUACUUAUGAAAAGUUAAAAUCACUCUGUCCAUACACAUAAGUAGCUCAAUGGACAAAUUGGUUCUGGUUAAAUUUGAUAUUGAAAAAUUUUAUCAAAAACAGUCAAGAAAUUAAAAUUAUCAGCAAGAUGGUAUCAUUUUAAUGGCCACUUUACAUAAGAGCAUAAUAUCUUUUCAGCUUAUCUUAAUAAAUACUUGUGCAAAAUGGAUUUUUAGCUUGCUAGGAUAAAUAUUCACAACACAAUUCCAAGACUACCUACAACAUGAAUACUUCUUUCAGUAGUUGCUUCUUGUAAUCUUAUCACAGUAGGUUAAUCUACAUGGAACCAAAUGUUUAAAUUGUUUUAGCAGAAGAUUGCAAUUAAUAAGAAAACAGGUCUUGACUGAGUUUAGGCAGCAUUGAGAUUAGAUCUGUUUUAUAUUGUUGCUUUAGCACUCUGUUACAGUACAACUUUGAAGCUUGUAUAAAACAAGUUAAGCAUAUUUAACUUUCAUGUAGUUUUUGUAAUAACAGUGAACAGUGAAGUUUUGGUAUUGAUUGCUUAUUCAUGAAGUAUAGUAAUAAAUACCAUUUUCAUAGCAACUGAUCUGCAUAGAUAACUUUAUGAAAGUUACUUCAGUUACCACAAACGUUUAUGGGCUCAGUUGUAAGGACAGACCUCAUAAUGGGCUGUUAGAUUUUUAAACUAUUGUCCCAUCACAAUUAUUGUCUAUCCUGAAUUAAAGUAUUACGAAUCAAGCUUGGUGUCACAAGUAUAUAUUUUGCUGCAGUGUAAGGAAUAUGUUCACUCUAAAAACUUUUCCUAUUAUCAAAAUCAAUGAAGUUAGUUAGCACAUAUUUGUACAAUAUUUAUGUCUUGUUAUAUGUAGAUUCUCUUAAUGAUUUGAAGAUUAAAGAUGUGCUUCUGUAGUAA